AUGUUUGAUGUCCUUGAAAAAAUCACAUAUAAGAUUGAGGAUUUGUUUGCCAAAUAUAAAGCGAUUCGAUGGUUGCCUGUUCUUGUGGUGGCCGGCGCUUGUGGAUGGGGUUAUUAUGCCUACGUAUAUGAGCUCAGUAUAGUAACGGUCACAAAUUGGCCUCAAAGGAUACUGUAUAUAGUGGGAUUUCAUGUGCUUUUAGUUCUGUUCGUUUCAUCAUACUUUAAGACAAUAUUCACACCACCAUCGAAACCGCCGCCAGAGUUCUUUUUCGAGGGAGAAGCUCUUCAAGAUAUUGAGAUGAGUCAAGAUGACGAUCGAAAAUUACAAAUGGUUUUGCAAAGAUAUGCACAGCAGCGUAAUUUGCCGAUUCGAAUGAAAGGAUACGAUAAUAGUGUACGAUAUUGUGAGAAAUGUAAAUGUAUAAAACCAGAUAGAUCACAUCAUUGUUCAAUGUGCGGCCAAUGUGUAUUAAAAUUUGAUCAUCAUUGUCCUUGGGUGAAUAAUUGUGUCAAUUUUUCUAACUAUAAAUUCUUCUUACUAUUUCUAGGCUACGGAUUCGCAUUUUGCUUAUGGAUAUUCUUCACCGAUUUGCCGUACUUUAUCGAUUUCUGGCGCACCGAGUUCUCGAAUCAAAAAGUUGUGUCCAGCCGAUUCCACCUACUGUUUCUCGUGUUUGUCUCUGGAAUGUUCUCGCUAUCAUUAUCAGCCCUCUUCUUCUAUCAUCUAUGGUUGACAAGCAAAAAUCGGAGUACUGUAGAGUCAUUCCGAGCUCCUAUGAUUGACGGAAGAUUCGAGAAGAAUGCAUUCAAUCAUGGGAUUCGAGCAAAUUACCGAGAAGUCUUCGGAUCGCGGAAGGGAUUAUGGCUUUUGCCCAUUUAUUCCACCCCCGGAUCGGGUGUCAAUUUCGAGAUCGAAUGGGCGCGAAUGACGUCGUCGAGUGUGCCGAGAUUGCCACGCAUGAAUGAUGAUCCGCCAUUGGAUUAUGUUGAUAUUGAGCUUGAGCGAAUCGACGAGACCGUCACAACUUCUGUUGAUGAGACGAUGACGACGAAUGGCGGCAAACACAAUAGGGAACGUUUUGUUGAGAAUUUCGAGAUUCUUCUUCAACAAGUGUUUGAGAAAAAAUUUAAAUUUUUUUGCAGUCUCGGCGAUGGUGUUCGCUUUGAGAAAUGGACAGUGAACGAGGCUCUUGCUCAUCAAGGCGCUAUCAAUUGUCGAACCGGUAACUCAAUUGGUGCUCUCAGUUAUAAAUUAUUGGCCCAACGAGAGGACGAAGAAGAUGACGAUGAGAAGAAGACGAACGAUUCGGAAUCAGCGACUCUAUACAGCGAUGAAGAGGAUGAUCUGAAUAUUCGCGUCGUUUGA